CGCCCGCCUUGCCAGCAGUUAAGAUGGACGCCCGUUUAUAAUCUAGCAGCAUAUCCGGGAGGUAGUGGGCGUGACGUCCCGGCGUUGGCAUGGCAGCUGGCGAGCAUCCGCUGGCGCGCGCUCUCUACGGGCUCUGCGCCUGUCUCCGCCGGGCCCCCGUUCUCCCCCGUACAUCGGCCGACUGUGCGGAGCUGCUGCAGGCGCUGGUUACCUGGGCAGCGCCCGGAAGUGACAAGAAGGUCCCCGAUAGAGCGGCGGCGGCGCUCAGGGCCUCUCUACUGCUCCUGGAGGCUGUGAGUGCGGAGUCAUGUGGUGGUCGCGUGACCGGCGCUGGGACCGCCCAGGCGGAGCCAAUACCGAACGCAGAGGAGGCCGGGAAAUCUGUGGACUCCAGUUUGCUGCUAGAUACAGAUGUGGCCCCGAAGGGAAAGAGUGGCCCUAAAUUGUUAGAGGAUGGAGCUUUAUCCUUGGAGGGGGACCAUGUGGCCCCUGAAUCAACCAGAAAGAAAGGAGGGGCCCCUACAUCAGAAGAGAACUUGGAACCCUCUAGUAACAAUGGUGGGACUCCGACUUCACCUAACGGGGCCCCUAAUUCUGACUUUGGGACAGUACCUGGUUCCCCCCUGGCCGGACAUGGCUCCUCCAGUGUAUUAGGCCCGAAGUGUAUUUUGCGCUGCGCUACAGCUCCUCUGCUGCUCCUCUGCGGAGCCCAUAUUAAGGACGCCCCCUGGAGUGAUGGGGAGUCCCGCCACCUGGCCAAUCAGCUACUUCGGUCCAUCCUGAAGGAGUCAGAUUACACAUCGGUGGCCGAGCUGCUGAAGGGGCCCGAGGAACAGCCGUACACAACCUUCAAAGAGGCCCUGGGGAUGCUGGGACCUCGGCUUCGCAAAGACACAUGGGAGUCGCACCCGGAAGCCAAGCUCGUCUUCUCCUGGCUGCUCUUUCAGGUUCCUCGGCCGUGGCUCUCGGAGUUCCUCAGCAUGGUGAUGCCGCCCUCGCUCCUCUUCUCUGAUGAUUACAAGACAGAGAAUAAAGUGCUGGGCGUACGCUGCCUGCACCAUAUCAUCAGGAAUGUGCCGGCGGCAGAGCUGAGGCAGUAUAAUCGGGCCCUGGUGGCGUAUCAUGCUCUUCGGAAUCACCUUUAUACUAAAGAUGCUGAAGUCAUUGAGGUGGUCUUGCCCUGCUUGGUGGAUCUGUUCCCUGUCCUCCACAAACCUGCACCUGUAGUGGGUGCAUUCCAAAAAGAUGGAGAGUGUCCUUCAGACCAAGUCAUGCAGUUGGUUCUGACUGACAUGGAGAUGGAACACAAGAUUGUUCUACGUAGACUCUAUGCUCGCAACCUGCCUGCUCUUCAGGAAAGGCUUGGAAUUAGGAUCGCCCAUCACAUGAAGAGGCUGCUGCGUGUGAUAGUGGGGUAUCUGGAGGUUAGCGAUGGGCCCGAAGAAUCUGCUCGCCUCAGCAUCCUGGAAACAUUACAGGGAACAAUCAAAUAUGCAUGGCCAAGGAUCCCACCAAGGCUUCCUCUACUAUUGAAGGCUCUUGUAAAGCUUCUAUAUGAGCUUUCUUCUGAGUCAAACCAGAUUUCUGCGCCUGUAACCGAAGCUUUACUUAGUGGCGCUACCGAGUGCCUGCUACUUCUAGACCGAUGCUCCAAAGGACAAGUCAAAACUGCGCUGCAAGGCAUCCCAUUAGUGUGCAAUGAGCCUCUCCUGCUAAAAUGCAUCAACCGAGUGACUGCGAGCGACAGCAAUGGAACCAAAUAAACUUGUCAUAAAAUGAUGUGCGCCUACAGGCUCUUCUGUUUCU